AUGGAUAACUUCCUCUGGCAGGACCAGCCCUGUUCUGACGAUGCUGUGCAGAGAGUUCAUUUCUACAGCACCAAGGAUCCAACAAGUCAACUUCUUUACAACGUGGCCCUGAAAAAAACAGCUGUCCAAUCUUCAACCAGUAGCACUGUGGGUACUGCUGGUAGAGCAGUUGAUGGAAACAGAGAUGCAAGCUAUCAAAGAGGGUCUUGCACACUUACCAGUGGACAAUCUAAUCCCUGGUGGAGAGUAGACCUGGUAAAUGUGUAUACAAUUGGGACUGUAAUGAUAACCAAUAGAGAUGAAUUGGAAAACAGGCUGGAUGGUGCCGAAAUCUGGAUCGGAAAUUCAACAAAAAUCAGUGACCCUGAAAGUAACAGGUGCGCUGUCAUCUCUCACAUUCCCAGCGGACAAGCGUUUUAUUUUCCAUGUAACUCUGUGAAGGGACGCUAUGUCACUGUGUUUCUACCAGGAAGUGCAAAGGUCCUGAGUCUCUGUGAGGUUGAAGUGUACUACGGAUACCCAUUAACCAAUGUGGCACUGAAAGGAGAAGCUUCCCAGUCAUCUACACUCUCCUUUGCCACUGCGUCCAAAGCCAUCGAUGGCAGACGGAACUCGUUCUAUAGCAAUGGGUUCUGUAGCCACACGGCUGAAGACGAGACCAACCCCUGGUGGAGGGUGGACCUGCAGCGAAGCUUUACAAUCACUGCUGUAAAAGUCACCAACAGAGGAGACUGCUGUGCUGAAAGACUGGAUGGAGCUGAGGUCAGAAUAGGAAACUCACUGGAGAACAAUGGAAACAAUAAUCCCAGUUGUGGCAUGAUCAAAUCAUUAGAUGGUACACCAACAUACACAUUCCAGUGUAAUGAAAUGGAAGGUCGCUACAUCAUUGUGAUCAUACCAGGAAAAAAGACUUACGCAACCCUGUGUGAAGUGGAGGUGUUUGCUUCUCUAUCAGUUCCAGAAGCUGUUACUCCUUCACCAACUCCUCCACCUCCUCCCACCCCUCCUCCACCUGUGAGCCUGCAGCUUGGUGGCAGGAACGUGACGGUGGUGGGAGAGAGGCUCUGCUGGUCUGAUGCUCUGAUGUACUGUAGACGUUAUUACUGGGACCUGCUCAGCCUUCACAGCCAACAGGAGCAAAGCGAGUUGGAGCAGCUGCUGGGCCUCAUUCCUUUCUCUCUCACAGACCACCUCUGGAUGGGACUGCGCAGGUGUGACAUCAUCUCUCACAUUCCCAAGGGACAAGCGUUUUACUUUCCAUGUAACUCCAUGAAGGGACGCUACGUCACUGUGUUUCUACCAGGAAGUGCAAAGAUCCUAAGUCUCUGCGAGGUUGAAGUGUACUACGGAUGCUGUACACAUACUUCAGAAGAUCUGGAUCCCUGGUGGAGAGUAGACUUGUUGGCUGUCUAUAAAGUCAGUGCUGUCACCAUCAUCAACAGACAGGAUGCUGUUAUAGAAAGGAUUCUUGGGGCGCAGAUCCUGAUCGGGAACUCGCUGGAACAAAAUGGAAACCAAAACCCCAGUUGUGGCAUGAUCAAAUCAUUAGAUGGUACACCAACAUACACAUUCCAGUGUAAUGAAAUGGAAGGACGCUACAUCAUUGUGAUCAUACCAGGAACUAAGAGAUAUAUGACCCUGUGUGAAGUGGAGGUCUUUGCUUCCCUAUCUGGCCUACACAACAUCAAGAAGAUAAAUAUGGAUCAUCCAGCUUAUGUGAAAUUCAACAAAUCCCUCAGAGGAGACGAGUGGUUCUGGAUGUCUGGACAGUCCAUGGAUUUCUUGAAUUGGCCACAGGAUUUUGUUCUAGACUGUUACUCCAGCACCUGUGGGGGCAUGACCAGCACAGAGCACCUCCUGUGGCAGGACCAGCCCUGUGCUCAGGACGGUGUGCAAAGAGUUUACUUCGACAGCACCGCGAUUGCCACACGUUCAUAG